AUGUGCGAGAGUAGUGCGGCAACAGACCCUGAUGUGUGGGACACAGAGACACUGCAGUACUCCCUGGCGGAGCCCAACUCCAUGUUUGACAUAAAGCCCUCUAGUGGCCAGGUGUAUGUAGCAUCCUCUUUGAAGAAUGAGAAAAUGAAGUCGACUCUAACAUUAAAGGUUUUGGACGCACAUGAACUUGGAGACACAGCAUUAGUCGAGCUUCUACAAAAAGCUUCCUCCUAUCAGACCAACAUCGACAUUGUUGCCAUGGAAGACACCGUGAUCCUGUAUGAUUAUCAGAUUGAGAAGAGACUUUACACGAAUGCACCUGCUAUUCAGGAGGAUUUAGAGGCUGUGUUUGGGCCUGAUGUGGACUUUGAGGUCGGACCGUUUGGGCCUGAUGUGGACUUUGAGGUCGGACCAUCUGGGCCUGGCAAGGGAGACACAGACGUCACCUCAAUCCUGCUGGGCAUACUUAUACCGAUAGCUAUUGUCAGCCUCGUUAUUGCUUUCAUCCACAGAGCAUCACCACACAUGAGCACCACACUAAGGGGAUUGAUCACGGAUGCAUCAACAUAUCUGAGCCAAGGAACAUCAUCUUCCACACACAGUAAUGUGCCAGCAAACAAGACAUCUAUGUAUAAUGCCAGUAUCAGGGCUGAUUCUUGCCCAGUUGGUCCCCUACCCAACUUUAGGAGGUCUAAACAGCGACCACAUGUCGGUGAGAUAUUCCCCUCAGUAUUUAAGAAAAUUGGUCCCCCACACCGCAUUGAUCGGUCUAAACAGCGGCCACAUGCGGGUGAGAUAUUCCCCACCAUAGUUGAGCACCCCGAACCUGAAUUAGAGCACCCAUCAUCUACGGGCCAAGAUGCAAGAGGUUUAAUAGACACUAGAACAUCAUCAUUAUGUGUAAGCCAAGGCACUUACACACACAGUAACAGAUCAUUAGAUUGCACGUCCACACAGAAUGACACCCUCAGGGGAGGUUCUAUAUUGGUUGGCCCCUUUAGCGAACCUACGGAGAGAAGGUCUGUUUGUGAGAUAUUACCUUCAGUAGCAGAUCACCCAAAACCUGAAGUAAAUCAACUUCAGUCUUCUGUGGGCCAAGACGCGAAUGGCUUAAUAAACACUAGCACAUCAUCAGCAUAUGCAAGCCAAGGCACCCCAUCUUCCGCAUAUAGAUCUUCAGGCAACAUUUCCCCAGAUAAUGGCAGCCUCAGGGGAGGUUGCACAUGGGUUGGACCCUUAAGUGAACCCUCCCCGUAGCCUUUUCUUGCUUUGCAAUGCUCGUUUUCACCUGCAUGUGUCCCCGGCAUAACAAGUCCUCUAAUGGGGUUGCUGUGGCGCAGCACGCUAAGCCCCCAACAUGGGGCUUGCAUGCCCAUGGGGACGGGUCCUGGUCUGACCUAGAUUUGUUUCCCGGUCCCGUCCCAUGUCUCUCUCCCCUUGGUUUCCUGUGUCCAUUUUCAACUGUCCUGUCUAAAGGAAAUAAUAAGUCCUUUCAUUUGCUUGCAUAUACUGUAAUAGCACUCCACAGUUGGAGAAGCCUCUCACUGUUGCUUUCAGGAAAUAACAUUGUGGUGAUUAUUGGGAGAAUAUUGUAACGAGUUGCUGUCAUCAUUACUGUUUUGGGAUGCUGGGAUGAGUAUUAUUCAAUUAUUUCCGUGUGGGUUUCAGCUCUGGAUCUCACUUGAAUACGAAUAUAGAUCUAUCUAGACUCUAGACCUACUACUAACUCAAUACUAACUCAAUACUACUGUAACUCCACUCAUGUAUACUAAAUGAUACUUCGGAUCUCACAUUUGUGAAUCCACAUCACAAUUGCAAUAAAAUUGUAAGA